AUGGCGCUGGCAGCCUUCAUCAAUAGCCCCACGGGGCCGAUGACCACGCACUUCUGGGGGCCCAUCGCCAACUGGGGCCUGGCGGCCUCGGGGAUGUACGACGCAGCUUUGAAGGGUCCGGAGAUUAUCAACGAGCGCAUGUCCGCGACGCAGAUCCUGUACAGCGGGCUCUUCGUUCGCUUUGCAUGGGCCGUGCAACCACGGAACUACAUCCUGGCCUCCUGUCAUACGGCCAACGUCCUGGCACAGGGCAACCAGCUGCGACGGUGGGGAGAGUACAAGAUUCAAACAGAACCCGAGACAGGCCCAAGCACGGUGCGCAACGCGAGCAUCAUGGCGGCAGGAGCAGCCGCAGGCAUAGCCGCCAUGGUCGUCGCUAGCACGCCUGUCCAAAACAGCCUGAAGGGGGGCAGUGGCUUCCUUGCACGUAUGGCUACCCAUCCAGCAGGCCCCUUCUACAUCCACUUCUGGGCUCCCAAUUUCAAAUGGGCCCUCUCCAUUAACAACCUCAUGGAUUACGACCGUCCCACAGACAAGAUCAGCCUCUCCAUGACCAGCGCCCUGACCCUGACGGGUCUGAUCUUCAUGCGCUGGUCCUUC